UAUCACAAUGAAUUAACAUUUUAUCACUUGUUGAUUAUUAAUUAUGUAAAAGAAUUUAGUUUUACAAAUAAUAACUUUUUAGCUAAUAUCUCCACCAUUUUUGGAUGAGACACAAAGGCAAGAAGUGAUUUGCUUACCAUCCACAGCAUCUAAAUCUCAAAAGUUAUUACCAAAUAUAAAUUGUGUAAAUUUAAACGGAAAUCAUAGUGCAGCGAAUCAACUUUUGGAUUCCGCAUAUGGAUCGAAAAAAAGUGAGAUAAUGGCAAAGUCAGUACUGCAUGAAAAAAAUAUGAAUAGCUUGCCAAAUAUGACACCUGAAGUUGAACUUCCUGGUUCGAUAGUCGAGAUGAAAGUUGAUAAUCUCGAUUCUCUUCCGUGUUAUACGUCUACUAAAAAAGAGAAAAAUGUGCGAUAUAUAUAA